AUGCAGCUAGAAGGAAAAACCGCCCUGGUAACCGGGUCCGGCCGCAAUAUCGGCCGUUCCAUCGUGCUUGCCCUGGCCAGGGAGGGCGCGGACGUAGUGGUGAACGCACGAUCCAACCGCGAGGACGUGGAGUCGGUGGCGGCCGAGGUUCGGGAACUGGGCCGGCAGGCCCUGCCAAUCUUGGCCGAUGUGGGCAACCGCGAGGAGCUGGAACAAUUGCUUGACCAGACCCUGUCUGAGUUCGGCCAUCUGGACAUCGUGAUUAACAAUGCCUCUGUGCGCCCCCACAAGCCCUUCACCGAGAUGAGCUAUGAUGACUGGCGUGGAGUUCUGGCGACCGACCUGGACUCGGCAUUCAUCACUUCGCGGGCCGCGGUACCAGGGAUGCUGGAGCGAGGCUGGGGCCGGAUUAUCAACCUGGGCGGGCUGCAGGCCCACCAGGGCCGUCACGGAGGGGCACACAUCUCUGCCUCCAAGGUUGGACUGGUGGGUUUCACCCGGGCCCUGUCCACCGAGUUGGGGCCCAAUGGCAUUCGGGUAAACUGCGUGGUGCCUGGAAUGAUAGAUACCUCUCGUGACGGCGGAAACGCGCCUCGCACCGGCAACCGCCUGGCUGACAUUCCGGCGGGCCGAAUGGGCAGCACCGACGAUAUCGCCAAUCUGUGCCUGUUCCUUUGCACCGAUGCCGGUGAUUACAUUUCCGGACAAACGAUUCACGUCAAUGGCGGUGAACGCACCUUCGGCGGAUAG